AUGCGAUGGUGGGACCUGUGGAGAGACUAUACACUUUACGAUAAGCCCGCUGUGCCAGCGCAGCCUGCUCUGUCACGAUCAUGGAGUGGCACCGCAAAAGGCGAGCGGCCUGCGGAGAUAGAUAACUCCGAUCUUCUGCCAAGGCCAGAUUGCACUCGGCUUCAAAGUGGCUUAGUGGAGAAUCAGGACUUCAUACUCCUGCACGAGGAAGCAUGGAAGAAGCUGCAUGGUUGGUAUGGCGGUGGACCCGCACUGAGGCGCCGUGUCAUCGGCAGCUGGGAGAACCGCGCGCAGCUGCGUGUUGAGCUUUACCCGCUGUGCCUCGCGGUUUUCCAGGUCGAUGAUUAUGGCAACCCAGAUCGAGACCGUCCGAUGCAGAUCAUGCCUUCGACGCAUGAGACAGUGGACCAGGUGAUCCGAGAUCUUCUUACGAAUUUGGACCUCCGGGACCCGGAUGGCGUGCAUGCAGUGCGCUUGUGGCACCGACCGAACUUUGAGUUGGAUCAGACCUCCCUGGACUCUCUGGAGGGUUGGGAACAGUUGGAGAUGGAAUCUACUCUGGAAGAUGUUGCGGAUGGGGCAUCCAUUCUGUUGGAAAGAAGCCGUGGUGAGACGUGGCCAUUCUUUCAGAGGUUACGACUGGAAUACAAGCGGCAAAACUUCAAGGAUCCAAGAGAUGCCAACGUGGUAUUGGAGGUUGGUGACAAGAUUGAUGCUAGCACAACGACGGAGGAGCAAAAGUGGGACAGCUACCAGAGAGAUUAUGUCUGGAAGGACGUCUUGCAUUGGUAUGCUGCUACCGUUGCAGAGGCGGAAGAAACGCGACUCCUGGUGCAGUUCCACAACCGCCCGAAGCCAAAGGGGAAGAGCCUCUCCAUAGCUUCGCUUCUCGUCGAAGGCGAGAAGGCCGAGCCAAUCGAGGUGGGGAAGAACUACGAAUCGCUGGACAGUCGUGGAAAUUGGCACCAGGUAAACAUCACAGCGGAGAACGAUGACAAAACGUUUGAGGCACAACUCUUGGACGAGCCCAGCACGUGGCCUGUUGUGCAACCAGAAAAUGUGCGCCAGCUGUCCAUGCUGACGCCGGACGCCGAACAGGCUUUCGAGAAGGUGUUUGCACGUUAUGGCUCCAACGGUGUGAUUGAGCGUGGAGGACUCCGUGGCUUGUUGUCCUGUGCCACCAACGAGUACAUUCCGGAGGACUCCACCAGGGUAGCAGAACUGCUGAAGCCUCCCUUCGGCUCGGAAGAAGGUGUGCCUCUGGCAGGUCUCAAGGAGUACUGGCGUCAAUACAUUGUCCGCAUGCAGGACAACCAAAGCUACUUCGUCAAGAAUGAGCUCUCGCGACUCUUCGAGCGCGUCGGCGUGGAAAUGCGCAGCCCGGAAGAGCAGCUGCUAGCACAAGGCCGUGAAUGGAUUGAGCGAGACUCUGACCGCCUCGCGCAGUACCGAAGCCAGACAGAGCCCCAAUUUCAGGACACCCGAAGUUUCCGUGACUUCCGUCGAAGAGAUAAGCUGGAUGUGCGGUUCGGUAUGGAGUGGCAAACAGCAGAGGUCCUGGAGGUAAACUGGGAGGAGAUGACUGUGCUUGUGCAGACGACUCAGCCGAACUCGGUCAACUCUCCUAGCUCAAAGUCACAGCGCGAGUGGAUGCCGAUGGAGUCAGAACGUCUCGCCGAAUUCGAGACGAAAAGCCAACAGGCCGAGCACGAGGGUGAGCCGAGUCCUUUGUUGGCCCGCUCGGUGAGCACCGGGGGCGUCUGCGCACGUCCCGGGGCCUGCGGUUUGCAGAACUUGGGAAACACCUGCUUCAUGAACUCCACCCUGCAGUGCCUGUCGAACUCCACGGAGCUGCGAUCCUUCUUUGCGGGCACUUCAGGUGAUCCUCCGGCCUAUGUCAACCAGAUCAGCACCUCGCCGCUGUCUACAGAAGGCCGAAUCGCCAGGGAGUUUUCGCAGCUUCUUCGGCUGAUGUGGUCGAACGAGAAGCGGAGCGUGGCUCCUGCGGCGUUGAAGAAGCUCAUCGGCCAGAAGAGACCCGAGUUCAGCGGCUAUCAGCAACACGAUGCUCAAGAGCUUUUGUGUUUCCUCCUCGAUGCGUUGCACGAAGACGUGAACCGGGCUUCCUAUCCAUUUCCGCCAGCAGCCGAUGAUGAGGACGAUGGCCAAAAAUCUGAAGAAGCACGAGCCAGGGAAAUGUGGGACCAACAUAAGAGGCGCAGCGACUCGGAAAUUGUGGAUCUUUUUCAGUUCCAGAUUCGCUCGGAGCUGGAAUGUCCAGUAUGCCGCAACGUGAGCGUUACCUUCGACCCCAUCAUGUACCUGACCUUGCCAGUGCCAAAGCCCCCGCACUCGGUGAGCGUGAGGGUCGUACCUGCGGACUAUCCACUGGCACCGUUGACGGGCAUUGAUCUGGAGGUCGCUGAAACGGCCACUAUGGAAGAGCUCGAAGGUGCUCUUUGGACAGCUCUCGGCCGUACUCCAUCGAUCCCUUCGUGCUUCUGCUUUGCCGAUGUCUGCUACGGACGGAUCUACAAGCACUUUGAGCCGCAUAAUCUGGUGAGUACCAUUCGACCUGGCGACAACGUCCAUGCGUUUGAGGUACCGCUCAGCCCCGAUGUCAGCCUGGCGGAUCACCAUUUCGUUGAUGUGGUGGUGCGGAAAAGAGGCAAGGCGACAAUGGCUGCGGGUUCUGCAUGGCAAUAUGACAAAUUUGAUACGCCCCGGCUAAUCGCCGUCACACGCAACGCGUCCAACUCCGAUGUCUAUGAUCAACUUACGAAGAUGGCCGAGCACAUGCUGAGCUCUUUCAACAUUCCUCCGCCUUGGUCAUUCGAGAUUUCGGCAGAGUUGGAUCCGAGUGGCAUGAAGGGCGGAGAGCUGCUGCCCAACAGAGAUACGCCUUUCCGGUCUGGGCCACGACCACCUCAAACUUUGGGAAUUGACUUCGUGCAAGCGAAGCAAGCUGACAUGCUGAAGGAGGCACUGCCGAAGCCACCAUUGAAUGGCAAAGGCUCCAAGGGAGCUGCUGGCACCACACUCAUUUCCUGUCUGAAGAAGGGGACGGAGCGAGAAAUUCUUGCCGAAGCAGACAGCGUGUAUUGCCGGAAGUGCAAGGAGUUCCGUCGCCAGAGCAAGAAACUGGAUUUGUGGUCUCUGCCCCCUCUGCUGAUUGUCCAUCUAAAACGCUUUGGCCGGGAAAGGCUUGAUGGUCCUUUAGUCAAGCUUCGCUGUGCCGUUGAUUUCGAGAUGGAGCUGGAUUUGAAGGACUUCAUGUGUUCUUCCAGUCCGACCAGCACCAGAUUCCAGUUGUACGGGGUCGUGAACCACCACGGCAACGUUGGCGGUGGACACUACACAGCACAUGCCGUUGUGACAUCACCUGCUCCUGAUAGGCUCGACCCAGGAGAGUGGUACAACUUCAACGACUCUGUGGUGGACAAGGCAAGCGAGACUGAUCUUGACAAGGAGGCACCUAGCGCUCCUGCAUGA